AGGCCUCCAGAGCAGUGGCUCUGAGUAAAUAUUUAAAGUUAGUUAUUAACAAAAGUUUGAAUACCCUUGUCCUCAUAUCAAGCCUGCUAAUAUCAGAGACUAACUCCAGUUUCAGUGUGGGACCGAACAACCAGUGUCAGAGUCUCUAACUUACUCAUCUGAAUUUGCAGUGACUGUGGGUGUCAUGGGGAAGUCCAGUCCUGUUGUGCCAUUGCUGGUGGUUUUGUGGUUCACGAGUGUCAUCAGAGCCUCAGUGUUUUACAGCAGUCGCCGGGCCAACUCUGUCCUGCGCAUCCACAAACGAGCUAACAGCUUACUGGAGGAGAUAAAGCCUGGGAACUUGGAGCGGGAAUGCUAUGAGGAGCACUGCAACAUGGAGGAGGCUCGCGAGAUAUUCAAGACCGCUGAGGCCACGAUAGAUUUCUGGUCUAAAUAUAUUGAUGGAGACCAGUGUUUGUCGAACCCCUGCUAUAACGGAACCUGUAUAGACCAAACUGGGGAUUUCUUUUGCCAGUGUAAGCCUGAAUUUGAAGGCAGACUCUGCCAAUUCCCUGUUUUUGCCAGAAACUGCUCAGAUGACAAUGGGGGCUGUGAUCAUAUCUGCAAGGAAGACCCAGACAAGACGAGGCGGUCGUGUGGCUGUCUGCCAGGAUACAAACUCAAAAAUGACCAUCGACAAUGCCAGGCAACAGAUGCUUUUCCAUGUGGUAAGGUUCGAGUGGAGAAAGCUGAGAAACCUGAACUAGAUGAACCGAGGAUCAUGCCCUGGCUGGCCGGAGGACAAAAGGGGAAGAAGGGACAAAGCCCCUGGCAGGCACUCAUUCUGAAUGCGAGUGGGAGGUUCCAUUGUGGAGGGGUGCUGAUUGACCACUCCUGGGUGCUGACAGCUGCGCACUGUGUCCAGGAUGGGACCAAGUUCAGUGUUAGACUGGGGGAUUAUGAGCGGAAAAUCUUUGAGGAUACAGAGAUCACCAUUUCUGUCGCUGAGGUUGUGCGUCAUGCCAAGUACGACAGAGAUACAGCAGACAAUGACAUCGCCCUGCUGCGUCUGCAAACACCAGUCACCUACACCAAGUUUAUUGUGCCUGUGUGCCUGCCUCAGCGUAACCUCGCCGAACAGAUGCUGAUGCGAAAUGGCACCAACGUUACUGUGACAGGGUGGGGGCGGGAAAAGGAGAAUUCCUCCAACUACAGCUCCGCCCUCAACUUCAUUGAGAUCCCGUUGGCCCUUCGGGAACAGUGCGCUGAGCUAAUGCUGAACCCGCUGACAGAUAACAUGCUGUGUGCCGGUGUGUUGGGAGGGAGCAAGGAUGCCUGCAGUGGGGACAGUGGGGGUCCAAUGGUCACAAAAUUCAAGAGAUACUGGUUCCUGGUGGGGCUGGUCUCCUGGGGGGAAGGCUGUGGACGGAUGGACAAGCUGGGGGUCUACACUAAAGUCAGCAACUACCUGGAGUGGAUCAAAAAUGUCAGAAAGGAGAAGAACAGUAGAGUUUGAACCAUUCCCCUCCUCUCCCCUACAUCACUUCAUAAUCCAAUAAUCAAGAAAUCCUUUCACACAUUGCAUGUUUGCAGAGAAAAGUGCUCAUUAUAGAACGUUGAAUUGCCUUUAACUGAAUAUUGUCUUUAUUAUAAUAAAGUUGAUGUUACUGCUU